AAACAACAAUAUAAAUACACAUACCCAACACAAUAAGCAACAUUUCGAUCUAUCAAAUUAAAUAAUUCAAGCUAUCGAUAGCACUGGUCGCAUCUCUUGCGAUUGGUAGUUAUCGUGUCUAUCAUUGGAAGGCUUAUCAACAGGGCAACAAAAAUAAACACAUUUUCUUUAUAGUACACACAAGAAAUAAUCUGCAAUCAUACCGAGCACGUCAAGCAACAUUCCUGAUCUUAGCAUCAGCGGCAGCCAAAUGAAUCCUCCACCUCCGCCACCGCCUUCAGCUCCAAGCGCCUCAGAGCCGUUUCGAAUAACAACAAAUGCACCGCAAAUGCUCGAUGCAAACUUAACCCCCGGACGACGAAAGCUUCAGAAGUGGCUGGGCCGUGUCCUGCGCAUCGUUAUAACGGAUGGGCGAGUUUUGGUUGGCUUCUUCAAUUGCACAGAUCGUGAUGCAAACAUUGUGCUGUCCAUGUGCGCCGAGUACUUGGUGGAGGGACAAGAGCCUCGGCUGCUGGGCAACGUGAUGGUGGCCAAGAAGCAUAUCGUUUCUCUGAACAUCGAUGAGCCGCGGACAUCGACAAUUCUUUAAGCCAUUCAUACAAAUUCUGUAAGCAUGCAAUAUUACCAAAUGCAAUACAUGCAAUACUCCUACAGUG